UGUCAGGGCUGUUCUUUCCCUUUGUCUCGGCAGGAGAGAGGGAGCAAAACGGGGAGAGAGAGGGUCUCUGGUUCCUGAACAAGCGUUAGGCAUCAGAGGGCGGCUUGGAAGGAAACUCAAGGAGAUUUAUACUAUAUUUGAAGGGCAACCUGUUAUUCUCCACCUGUCUUUCUAUUGUUGUUUUAAAAAUUAUUUGAACAUUUUGGAGAGUUUGUUUUCUGUCCUAAGCCUAAGCGCUCUAGUGGAGGUCGUAACUGGUGAAGGUUACUCUGUGAUUCUCUGGGUGCUUGGUCGUUCCUAACUCAGACCAUGCGUUCUCUGUGGCUGCUUCUGAUCCUGUGCCUGUCCCUGUCCCUGGCGCCCCUCGUCCAGACCGAGAAGGGCCUGGAGUUCCCUCGCUAUGACGGGAAUGACAGGGUCAUCAACAUCAAUGACAAGAACUACAAGAAGGCUAUGAAGAAGUACAGCAUUCUCUGUCUGCUGUACCACAAACCCAUCCCUGACGGCAAGGAGCUGCAGAAACAACACCAGAUGACUGAGAUGGUGCUGGAGCUUGCUGCCCAGGUUAUGGAGGAAAAGGAGAUUGGGUUUGGAAUGGUUGACUCCCACGAAGACGUCAAGGUUGCCAAGAAGCUGGGCCUGGUGGAAGAGGGAAGUGUGUACGUGUUCAAGGGAGACCGUAUGAUUGAGUUUGAUGGCCUGCUCUCUGCAGACACCCUGGUGGAGUUCCUACUAGACCUGUUGGAGGAGCCCGUGGAGGUGAUAGGAAAUACUCUGGAGCUGAGGGCCUUCGACAGGAUGGAGGAAGACAUCCGUCUUAUUGGCUACUUCAAAAACGACGAUUCAGAAUACUACCAUUCAUUCAAGGAGGCUGCAGAGCAGUUCCAGCCCUACAUAAGAUUCUUCGCUACCUUUGAGAAAUCUGUGGCCAAGGAGCUGACCCUGAAGAUGAACGAGGUGGAUUUCUACGAGCCCUUCAUGGAGGAACCUGUCACUGUCCCUGACAGGCCUAACUCUGAGGAGGAGAUCGUGGCCUUCGUCACUGAACACAGGAGACCAACACUGAGAAAACUGCGUGCUGAGGACAUGUUUGAGACCUGGGAGGACGAUUUGGAGGGGAUCCAUGUGGUGGCCUUCGCAGAGGAGGAGGACCCUGAUGGUUAUGAGUUCCUGGAGCUGUUGAAGGAGGUGGCCAGAGACAAUACCCACCACCCUGGUCUCAGCAUCAUCUGGAUCGACCCUGAUGACUUCCCCCUGCUGAUCCCCUACUGGGAGAAGACCUUCCACGUGGACCUGUUCAAGCCUCAGAUCGGAGUGGUCAACGUUACUGAUGCUGACAGCAUCUGGCUGGAGAUAGACGAACAGGACCUGCCCACAGCCCAGGAGCUGGAGGAUUGGAUAGAGGACGUCCUGUCUGGCAAGGUCAACACCGAGGAUGAUGAUGAUGAUAACGAUGAUGAUGACGAAGAUGACGAAGACGAUAACGAUGAUGAAGAUGAUGACGACGAAGAUGAUGACGACGAAGAUGACGACGAAGAUGAUAUCGAUGAUGACGAUGAAGAUGAUAACGAUGAUGACGACGACGAAGAUGAUGACGAUGAUGAAUAAUUAAAAAACUACAAAUUUGUAAUCAAAAAUUCAUAAAAUUGUUGUAUAGUCUCUUCACUGUAGUAUCAUCAAAGUGAACGAGUUCAGGGAGAGAGGAAUAGAUCUAUAUGCUUUUAUAAAAUAUUUUGUACAAUGUGUACAUCACUAGCCAAAAUCAACCUUUCUGCAUUAGAAGAAAACGCAUCAACAGAUUUUGUUUUUCAAGAAUCUGAUAAAAAUACUGUUGAUAAACUGAAAUCUAUCUGAAAGAGAGAAGUAACAAUAUGUUGACCAACAGAGAUACUUCAGAAAACCCCAAACAGUACUUUCCAUCCUUCCCUUAAUUCUACUAAUUUACAACAAUGACUGGCAACCACAACAAAUACAUCAAUCUAACUUUAGUUUGAUCAAUGAAGUGCUGCUGUACACCAUCCUAAACCUCACUGAAGUCACUGAAAAGGUUGGCAUUUUUGUGUGCUUUUCUGUGCCCUCUAUAAUAUACUCUGUGUGUAGAUAAUUGCAUUUUAGGUUCUACUUCCUGGAUUCAGUGCAAAUACAGACCUGUCUCUCCCUUUCC